CCUACAUUCCAAAAUCUUAAUACGUUGACUUUCACAAUAAACCCAAUCAUCUUCAGAUCAAAACGAAUUAUUGCUUUUUUUUUUUAAAUUUCUUCCCUUUCAAAGCGACUUUUCAAUUUAGGUUUCAAGCUUUCACCAUGAAGGGUUGACCGCUUUUAGAAUCUCCUUAGAAUUAAGGAGGGUGGCUUUGAUAAAUAACCAAUUUUAAGUGGAGGGAAAAAAAAUAAUUUUUAUUCUCAGAUUGUAGAGUCAUUUCUUGAUUUUGGUUUUCAAUUUUUGGAGGCUGGAGAUGGCUGUACGGCAGGGAAAUUCUGAAGGUAACGGUGUCUCAGGGUCAACAGGAGCUUGCCUUUUUGAUCUCUUCUGCUCUGAAACACCAAGUUUGAAUUCCCAAAGUCAAAGAAGCCAAUGGCUACCUCAUGUAACUCCACAAGAAAGGCUCGACAAUCUGAUGCGUCAAGCGGGGAACAGGUUCUGUGCCGAUUGCGGAUCAUCAGAUCCAAAAUGGGCGUCUUCAAGUCUUGGAGUAUUUAUUUGCAUCCAAUGUUCUGGCAUACAUAGAAGCCUAGGAGUCCAUAUAUCGAAGGUUCUAUCGCUGAAACUAGAUGACUGGACAGACGAACAAGUUGAUGAAUUGGUGAAAUUGGGUGGAAAUACAGUAAUCAAUAAGAGGUAUGAAGCUUGUGUCCCAAAUAACAUUAAAAAACCAAAACCGCAUUCUUCCAUCGAAGAGCGUGCAGAUUAUAUCAGAAGAAAAUACGAACUUCUACAGUUUUUGGAUACGGAGAAAAAUUUGCAAUGCUCCUUUCCACUAUCUCCACAAAGAUAUUUAACAUGCUCCCCAAGCAACGCUGCUUCCUGUGGGUUUCAAAUGGACAAAAGACAUUACGAAAAGCAAACAACUAAAGCUCGUAUUGGGACUGCACUCCGACACAGCUGGGGAAGAAAGGAAUCCGAGCAUAAGAUUUCAAAGAAGAGUACUUCGUUGGCAGGUAUGGUUCAAUUUGUUGGGUUGAUCAAGGUUAAUGUCGUUAAAGGAACUAACCUGGCUGUCCGGGAUGUUGUGACUAGCGACCCUUAUGUCAUGCUUUCUCUUGGUCACCAAUCGGUGAAGACUCGUGUCAUAAAGAACAACUUGAAUCCAGUUUGGAAUGAAAGCUUAAUGCUCUCGAUUCCAGAGCACGUUCCUCCUCUUAAAGUGGUUGUGUAUGACAAGGAUACUUUCUCGACCGAUGAUUUUAUGGGCGAGGCUGAAAUAGACAUUCAACCUCUAGUAACUGCUGCAAAGGCAUACGAGAAAUCUUCGAUCAACGAGUCAAUGCAGCUCGGAAAAUGGGUAGCAAGCGGCGAAAACACUCUUGUUAAAGAUGGUAUCAUCACCCUAGAAGAAGGGAAGGUCAAACAAGAGAUACAGUUGAGGUUACAGAAGGUUGAGCGAGGAGUUUUAGACAUUGAGCUUGAAUGUCUUCCUCUUACUCAAUAGAUGGCAUUUUUUUUGUUUUUGUUUUUUUUUUUGCAGCUUCAUUGAUAGGAAUAUCUCUGUGUAUAUCUCUCUGUAGAAUGUCUUGUCUCAGCUUUACUUUGUACAAUUUUCUGAGACUGACUUUUCCUUCUGUAGAUGAACAAAUAUGAAUUAUCAUCAGUAAGAGCUUAUUUGUGGAAGCUUGGAUAA